ACUUUUAAAAUAUAUCUUUUAAAAAGAGAUUAAUAAAUGGAGAUGUUUAAUAUAAGUAAAUAUGUGUAUUAGAAUUUCAGUGUGAAAAGUUAAAGUAAGCUGAAGGAAUGUUGGGUUGUCUUUUUUUUCUGACUGAACAUUUAACCAUCAUCCUUCUAUUUUGUUUAUAAUCAAACUGAAAUCAGCUUAAUUCUUCGUAUCUCCAUAUCAGUAUUAGACCAAUAAAGCAGUAUUCAUCAGUGGACAUUGGUCUAAUAUAUUAGAAAUAACUUUGUGUUUAACGAAGUUCUCCAGUUAGAUUUUAAGAUUGGUUAUAAAUAUAGAUAAACAAAAUCUUAAGUAUAUCAAAGUAAAAAUAUAAUCUCCUUUUUCACAGUGAUUCACCAAUUAAUGUUGGUUAAUGGUUUACUGAUGUUUGAAUGUCAUCGAUUGUUCAAAUGAAUAAAGUAAGAUGCAAAGAUAAUUUACACAACACACUAAAGGCAAAUCAUGAUAUAAACUAUAAAAUCUAGCGAUCUCCAGAAAACCCUUACGCUAAUAAUAUAAAUAACUCGCUCACUAGUGACUGACUUUCAUCAGCUCUAAGGAGAAUCCGUAACCAGCGUAGUUAAGUCGUUUCGUGUGUGAGGUAACGACUGUAGUAGCAGAUGAUUGUCCAAUAUAGUGAAGUUAUUGAAGUCGGGAGAAUAAACUAUUGGAUACUAAAUAACUGGUUUAAAGACUAAGUUCUCUCUAUGAAACACGAAUUGUCAUGGAUCCGAUCACUAAUGCGGUCGUUGAUAAACGAAUGUGAAGAGUCGCAAACUAGGAUAAAACAACUGUCCAGUACCUCGUGAUUAAUAAAUGAUUAUCUAGCUAAGAUUAGUUCGUAAUGUAAGCUAUUAAGUUCGGCAAUGUACACAAACCUUUUACAUUUUUAAACUGAAACCAGUUAGGUAACUAUUAAGGACUAGUGAUCACCAAAUAGUUAUUUCGUUUUGAUUUCGAACACCUCAUCACUGGACAUUCACGAUGUCAUAUAGCGUCAAACUUAACGCUUUCAAAUCUCAUAACUAGAGAACAGUUUCACCACAAAAUUGGAGUUAAUGUUUCUAACUUUAGCCUGUUUACCCAUUAACAUGCAUCGAAAAUAUCACGAUUUCAUUCUUGACAACUUUUCCUUUGUUAAUCUUAAUGCUUUUCUAUUAUUUAAUAUGAUGUUUAGCUUAAUAGGAAUUGUUAUUCAUAUACUUGAGUGAUAGUUGAAGGAAAUUUGCUUCUAACCAAUCGUUUUAAUAAACAUACUCGUUAAUUUUAUAUAAGUAUGCAGUCUAACUGAGACGUUUCGUACAAACUGUUGUCAUGAUUCAAUUCAAAGUUUCACAUCCAUUGUGUGUCCAGAUCAAACCAAACAGUCGAGUAGAAAAAAUCUCUACUCAAUGACAAACAAACAUAAGUUAUUUUGAAUACAACUAAUAAUAGAACAGGAAAAUCUUUGACUAACUAGUUAUUUUCAGCACAAAAUGCCAGGCUAAAUUCUGACCGGCAUUUUAUAUCUCCUAAUACUAAUCGAUUAAAUUGGAAAACGGUGAUUAGUCACGAUUGAAUUUUUCAGUAAUUCUUUUAUUUGUCUAGAUAAAAAGUAAAAUAUGCAUGUAAGAUGGCUAUUUGUAUGCCAACACAUGUGUGCCAAACGAUUGGCCAUUUUCAUUCAAUUCUUACUAAAUGCACAGAAUAUUUGUAUGAACAUAAGGCUAUAUCGAGGUAAUACGCACAGUGUGCACAUAUACCAAUAAGAGACUAAUCAAUUGCAGUCCUAACACAUCAAUGGGAACAUUCAAACAAACAAUACCAAGUGAAUAUAAAUUUUAUUGGUUUAUAAAGUGUGCAAAAAAAAUCGAUAAUUUCCCCCCAUAAUAGGAUAGAACUGACAUACUGUCUGAUGAGAGAAAUUAUUUCUAAUUCAGAAAGAUUUAUCAAAACCCUAUCGUUUACACUUUUUAACAAUACAUAUAUAUAUGAGCAAGAAAAGUCGUCGUCAUCAUCAAAAUACUGAAAGAACUACCUUUCAAAACUUAUUAACCAAAGGUAAAUCUCAUAAAUCCAAUACAAAUACAAUUACAAUUCAACAUUCAAAUAAUUCUGAUAUAAAUCAGAAAAACUUCGAACAGAAAAAAUUGAAAGUCGUCCCUCGGAAGUUUCAUUACAUCAUGAAUAAAAGAUUUCUAUUCACUUGUUUAUUAAUAUUAUUCCUUUAUUUAUGUAUUGUAUUAAUCAAAUCUACAAUCAUUGAGGAUAAAUUCAAUCAUGAUGAGAAUGAGAUUGAUGAAAAACGAUCCAAUUCACUAUAUAUGACAUUAAAUUCUAUUAGAGAGAUCAAUGAUCAAGAUAUCAGUUAUGAAUUAAAUAAUGAAUAUGAUUUACAACAGAAAAUAUCUUUAUUGAAAAAUUCAAAUCAUUUAAUGCCAACAUUAUGUAUUGGUGUAUUAGUUCGUAAUAAAGCUCAUACAUUACCAUAUUUCUUAAAUGGUAUAGAAAAUCAACAAUAUCCAACGAAACGUAUUACACUUAUCUUUUAUGUUGAUAAUACCAUUGAUUCAAGUGAGAUAAUAUUAAAUAAAUGGAUUCAAUGUAAUAAAGAUAAAUAUCAUAGAAUAAUUUUAGAGGUGAAUACAACUAAGUCCGAAUAUGAACAUUUGAGUAAAAUGUGGACUCUAGAUCAUUAUUUACAUGUUAUAAGUUUACGUCAGAAAUUAUUAGAUGAAGCACGUAAUAUCUGGGCUGAUUUUUAUUUAUCUAUUGAUGCUGAUGUGAUACUUAUGAAUCCAUUAACUAUUGAACAUUUAAUAAAUGUCAUGCUUGAUUCAACAAUAUCUAAAUCUAAUUUAAAUCAUAAAAUGGAUGAAAAUAUAAUUAUUUUGGCACCAUUGAUGAAUUGUACAUCAUCUGAACAUUAUUCUAACUUUUGGGGUGCUAUGUCUGAAGAAGGUUACUACCUACGUUCAGAGCAUUAUUUUGAUAUACAAAAACGUCGUAUACAAGGUGUAUAUCCUGUAGCAAUGGUACAUUCAAUAUUUUUAGUUAAUUUACAAUUUUAUCAAUCUGAACAAAUUGGUUAUUCUCCUGCACCAAUAAAUUACACAGGACCAAUUGACGAUAUUAUCAUAUUUUCUAGAUCAGUACAACGUGCAGAAAUUGAUUUCUAUUUAGAUAAUACACAGUUUUAUGGAUAUAUUCCAUCACCAGUUGAAGAACAAGAUCUUGGAUUAUAUUCAAAAGAUUUAAAUAAUGCAUGGCUUUUACGUGAACAAGAUCUAUUUGUUCAUUUACGUUUACAAGCAAUUAUUGAUCAAGAAGAUAAACAAAGAGUUAUGCCUUCAGAAUGUUUAUUAAAUAUUGCUGAAAAUCAAUUACCGAAAUCAAAUAAAUUAAAUUUUGAUGAAAUUUAUUUUAUUAAUUUAUUGAGACGUCCAGAUCGUCGACAAAAAAUGGAAUAUAUGCUUCAUCAAUUAGGUAUAAAUGCUAAACAUUAUGCAGCUAUUGAUGGAAAAGAUUUAACUAUGAAACAUUUUGAUGAAUUAGAAAUUAAACAACUUCCAGGUUAUACAGAUCCUUAUCAUAAUCGAUCAUUAAAAUUUGGAGAAAUUGGUUGCUUUUUAAGUCAUUAUAAUAUAUGGAUGGAAAUGAUUAACAAUGGUUAUAAUCGUAUAUUAAUUCUUGAAGAUGAUCUACGUUUUGCUCCUGCUUUUGUUCGUAAUUUAAAUAAAGUUAUUAAAGAAGCAGAUGAUAAUGUUGCUAAUUGGGAUCUACUUUAUAUUGGUCGUAAAAGAAUGUCAAAAUCUGAGAAACGUGUACCAAAUACAACUAGUUUAACAUAUCCUGAUUAUACUUAUUGGACACUUGGUUAUAUUUUAAGUAGAAAUGGUGCCGAGAAAUUAAUUAAACAAAAACCUUUAAAAAAAUUAAUUGCUAUUGAUGAAUAUCUUCCAGUUAUGUUUAAUAAACAUCCUAGAAAAGACUGGUUAGUUCAAUUUGAACCACGUGAUUUAAUUGCUUUAUCCGCUGAACCAUUAUUAGUUGAACCACAAAGGUAUACAGGUGAAAAACGUUAUAUAUCUGAUACAGAAGAUUCAGAAAUUUUCUAUACUACUUAAAUAAUAUAUAUAGAAUGCUUCUUGUUAAAUUACGCAAUAAUAAAAUUAUAUUGUAUAUUUUCCUUAGAAUUUGUACAUUCCUUAGUAGGAUUUAUUUCAUUUUAUUUAAAACAAAACAAAACAUUGGCUAUUGAAAAUGGGAAGAAAACAAAAGACAAAUGGAUAUACGUUUAAAAAAUAAUUGUAUCUUGUUUAGUUACUAUAAUAUUUGAGUAAAAUUUAUGGUAU